CUGUCUCUCAUUUUCCCUCUCUUUUUUCAUACAUCCCGGUCACUGGUUUGACAUUUUUUAUCCUCCAACUGUUUUACGUUAAAAUUUAAUGCCGACAAUUUUAUUUUAUCUUAUUUCAUAAACCAUUUUAAAAACAUAAUUCUAAUCAACAUCAUCUUAACAAUCAACAACAUACUCAUGAACUGGAUUAUAGACUCAUCUUGGUUGAAAGUAAGAGUGGUGAGGUCAUAAUGCAACUGUAACCGUGAAAAUGGCAAAGAGUGAAAGUGAUGAUGGAAGUAUGAAGAUGGUGGGAUUCGUGAAAACUGGAUUACCGGAUAUUACCUGAACUUUCCUACUUCGACAUUCAACUGUGAUCAAUUCAAAUUUUCGGGAUUAGACUUUCAAACGAUUGAACGAUUGAAAAUGUAUCACCUCCUUCAUCUCCUCCUUUCAGCUGAAUAAUAUCACCAUACUUUGUCUCCCUGUUGCUCACUAGGAUCAAAAAUUUCUAAUAUAUAAAGUGAUCAUCGGUAACUCAACAAUCAUCACAAUUUGUUUACCAACAAUCAACCAUCUAAUCAUCUUUUCAACGUAUCAACCAAAAAACAAACUCAAAACCAAAAUGAAUCCAAUGAUUGCUCUCUGUUUCACCCUCCUCGCCGGACAAGCCUUAGCUUCAGCUAACUAUGGUAACUCUUAUGGUUCAUCAUACGGUUCAGCUGGUUACGGUGCUGCUGGAUAUGGUGGCGACUCAUACUCUGCCCCUGCUUCAUACGGUUCAUCAGACUCUUACGGUUCAGGAUACUCUGCCCCAGCUUCAUACGGAGGUGACUCAUAUGGCUCAUCAUACGGAGGUGACUCAUACUCAUCUGGUUACGCUGCUGCCCCACGAGUAAAGAAGGUCAUCAUUGAACGACCAGUCGUCAAACCAGUCUACCUUACCCGAAAGGUUGUCGAAGUCAAGACCAUCUCUGUCCCCAAGGCAGUUGUUGUCAACAAGCCACAUCCAGUUCUUGUCACCAAACACGUUCCAGUUGUUGUCAAGAAAUACAUCCCAGUCCCAGUUAAAUCUUACUCAGCUCCUUCAUACGGUUCAUACGGUUCAUCUGGCUCAUCUGGCUACGGUGACGCUGGUUCAUACUCAGCUGGUGAUGCCUGGGGAGGUGACUCAUACGCUCCAUCAUCUUACGGUUCAGACUCUUAUGGUUCAGACUCUUACGGUUAUGGUGGUGACUCUUAUGGCUCAGACUCUUACGGAGCUGACUCAUACUCAUCAGGUGGAUACGGUGAUGACUACAAAAAGGCUGCCGCCAAGGCCUAAAUUAGAUCAUAUAUCAUUUUAUUCAAUUUCCUAGGUCACCUUGUAUAUUAAUACAUUAUCAAGCCAUUCAUAUAUCAAUCACCAAUAUAUUUUUAUACAGUCGCGCGUUACAAUGUAGACAUCAUAAUUGAAUUUUUUACUUUUUUUCAUUGUUUAUCCAUCCCUUUUCAUGAUUCCCUUAUCAUAAAAUACCAUUUCAACCAAUCAUUGUUUCAUCAACAGCGAAACACAUGAAAACAAUAAAAAAGAAAGCGAUUCAACUUUUUGUCCAAACUAAAA